UCAAUCUUUCGUGAUUGAACAUGUUGAAACAUUGCCUAUUUUGCUAUAGUCGAAUUCGUUCAUGUCGUUCACAUUAGUUUGCUAAUGAAAGUUUGUGUUAUUCAUACCGUAAAUCCGUCCACCCACCAUGCUGAGUAAAGCUGACAAGGUUGAUGUAAAGUCAACAGCUUCUUCGACUAGUUUGAAUGAAAGUCGAGCUGGAGGAACGUCUGUUGCCAAUGAUGACGAUGAAGUGUGUCACACUCGCAGUGCACUGACUAGUGCUGGUGAUAUGGACGCUGUAGAUGCCGAAUACACCCGUCUGUGUCUUCAUCCGUUUGGUGGAACAGGGAGAGCAAGAGCUGGAGAUUAUGUAGUGUGCUUCUGGUUGCUUGGGAUUUUGAGUUUCAUGACGCACAUGUAUAACAUUGAAGUCCCAGAUCAUGUUUGCUGGGAUGAAACUCAUUUUGGUAAAAUGGGUAGCUGGUACAUCAACCGAACAUUCUUCUUUGAUGUUCAUCCUCCUCUUGGAAAGAUGCUAAUCGGGUUUGCUGGACAGUUGACUGGCUAUGAUGGAACAUUUGCUUUUGACAAACCUGGAGACAAAUACAGGAAUAGCUCAGAUUUUGUUGGUAUGAGAGUGUUCUGUGCAUGUUUUGGAGCCCUGCUGGUGCCUUUUGCCUACCAUAUUGUCUAUAUCCUCUCACAGUCGGUUCCUGCUGCACUACUUGCUGGCAUUAUUGUGCUAUGUGAGAAUGGUACUUUAACUCUGACCCGUUAUAUCCUCCUCGAUCCUUUUCUCAUCUUCUUCAUUGUUGGAUCUGUCUUCUCCUAUGUUAACUUUAUGGUGGAAUAUUCAAGGCCAUUUGGUGUCACGUGGUGGUACUGGUUGUCCAUGACUGGUAUAUUCCUUGCCUUCUCUAUUGGGGUGAAGUUUGUGGGGUUUUUUGUCAUCCUCUUUAUUGGUUUGAAUACAAUCAAGGAACUCUACGAUCUUUUCUCUGAUACCUCAAAUCAACUGAUGGUUAUUUUCAAGCAUUUUGUUGGUCGUGCCGUUUGUCUGAUAGCCUUGCCGGUGGUUGUUUAUAUGGGUAUAUUUGCUAACCAUCUCCACAUGUUGAACCAUAGUGGCGGUGGUGAUGGGAUGUUCAGUGCCCAGUUUCAGAUUCACCUUAACAACAAUAGACUGAAUGGUCUCGAUUUGCCUGAAGAAGUAGCAUUUGGUUCCAAAGUAAGUAUCAAGCAGUACCGCACCGGGGGAGCUUAUCUCCACUCACACUGGCAUCUCUACCCCAAGGAGCAUCCACCUCAGCAACAACAGGUGACCAGCUAUGGACACAAGGAUGAGAACAACAUCUGGAUCAUCAAGAAAUCAACAGGUCAAGUGAACGUAUCAGUCGAUCCUGUGGAGUACGUUAAGAAUGGCGAUAUCAUCAGACUGGAGCAUGAACAGACUAGACGGAAUAUGCACAGUCACAAAGAGCCAGCUGCACUAACAAAAACACAUUUCCAAGUCAGUUGCUAUGGAGAGAAUGGAACUGGAGAUACAAACGACUACUUCAGAAUCAAUAUUGUGAAUGGUGAACCUGGAGAGAGACUUAAGAUCAUCAAUCACCGUGUUCAGUUCAUUCACGUGUCAACAGGAUGUACCAUCCAUUGUAAUCAAAGGAAGCUUCCAAAGUGGGGCUUUGAACAGUUGGAAGUAUCAUGUACAACCCAGCUGUGGAACCCAAAUACAGAGUGGCAUAUAGAAGAGGUGAUUGAUGAGAGAUUACCUAAUGUCAGUUUGAAGAGAUAUGCCUCGGGAUUCCUCUCCAGAUUCUAUGAAUCUCAUUUAGUUAUGACACAGGGAAACCGUGGGCUGAAACCACGACAAGGAGAGGUGACCUCGAGACCAUGGAUGUGGCCUAUCAACCUGAAGGGCCAAGGUUUCUCUGGUGGCGACCAUCGUGUCUACUUACUUGGUAAUCCUAUCAUCUUCUGGGGUAACAUGCUGGUCACCAUCAUCUACACCGGAUUCUACUUGUACCACACUGUCAGGAAGCAGAGGCGCAGAUACGAUGCCUACCCAUACUACGAUUACAAAGAGCGUCAGUUCAGCAGUUUCUGGUGGUUGAUUUCAUGUUGGGCGAUCCACUACCUCCCAUUCUGGUCCAUGACAAGAAUAUUAUAUUUUCAUCAUUAUUUCCCUGCACUUAUGUUUCACUGUAUGGCAAAUGCCAUUGCUUUAGAUUAUAUGUUGGUGAACCUUACGUGGGUGAUUCCUCAGCGACUACGACAGACAGUCUACUACACUUUCUAUGGCCUGCUAAUCGCUGGUAUAGGACAGAGCUUUUACUUAUUCAGCCCGACUGUGUAUGGUAUGAAUGGUGACUUUGCUACCUCACCCAACAGCUCCAUGUACGGCCUGAAGUGGCUAGAUACCUGGGAAAUAUAGGAAGCAUCAGCUGGUGUCUCCUCAUCAUUACCAUCAUUGGAGACUGUAAAAUAGGCUAGCUGAUAUCGGUACCCUUCACUCUAUGAUGUACAUGUACUCAUUUCCAUUACAAACCAGGCAUUUAUUGUUUGACCCAAACCAGAUUUAUUGUGUUGGGGCUCAAGGAGACUCUGGCUGAGAAUCAAGAUUAAGUACUUGUUUCAUUUGAAGGCGAUGUUUCUGUUCUAGAAAUUGAUUAUCAUUUGAAGUUAUCAGCUGUCAAGAGAUCAUGUAUUCUAAUGUUAGUUAGCCUUGGGCAGGAGAUUAUGUUGAAAUGGUGACAGGUUACAUAUGUAUUCUAAUGUUAGUUAGCCUUGGGCAGGAGAUUAUGUUGAAAUGGUGACAGGUUACAUACGUAUUCUAAUGUUAGUUAGCCUUGUCCACAACAAGGGAAUCCUAUUUGCAGUAGCGUUUUAGUUUUGCUGUCAUGAUUUCUAACUGCUUGCUGAGGUAUUUAAAGGUUAACUCAAUAGUUGAUUGACAUCGGUGUUGCUUACUUUCUACAUUUUGUAGGUGAUGUACAAUCAGAGAAAUCAAGCUAUUUCUGGUUGACCAACAUUUUUGUGUCAAAUUCCUGGAUAAGGUGCAUUAAAUUCUCUUGUUAGUUUAGUAUAAUUGUGUAAUAUGAACUGUAUCUGUGCCAUUAUCUCAUUCAACAUCACAACAGCUGAGACAGCCUUGGCAGUACCUCCUGUUUUUCUCAUAACGAGUCAUACAUGUAGUUGCUUUUGUUGAAUUAGUUGAAAUGUCAAACAAGUGAUCUUUUUUGAGGCAUGCUUUAUAACUUUAGAGUUCUGUAUUCUAUGCAGUCUUGUGUGGCUAUGACAAGCCUCAUUCACACCAUGUUUACAUUCCAUAUUGUUUAUUGCUUUGCCUGUCUUUUGAAUGUAUUGUGUACAUGUAUGUUCUGAUCUCAAAUCAGUUUAGUAUAAAUGAUUAGGAUUUCACUUGACCGUAUUUAUUAGAAUAGAGUUGUGACAUAUCGCAGGGUUUCACAUAAUUCAUGUAGCGGGAUUUGUUCACUGUCUAUCUGAGUGGCAUCUUCAAGAGUGUUUUGCUGCCACUUGUUUACAUUGCAGGAAACACAAAGACAAUAGACAUUAGUGGUGAACUAGAUACCUGGUUGGUAAAGCACAAAAUCCUAUUUGGUAUGUUACAACUAUGUCUUCCUACAUGUAGGUGUCACUGUAGUUUAUUUGUCUUUAUUCUUGGCCUUAUGCUUGAAUAUCCACUACAUUCAUAUCUUACAGACAUACAGAGUACAUACUCACUACUUUGUAGAAUCAGCACUUAGUACACUUGAAAUUAAUCAUUUAAUUUAUUAGUUGUUCAUAUUGGUGAAAGUUUUAUUUUCGAAUUUUAUUUAAUAUAAUUUUAUCUAUGAAACACAAGAUGAUUACUUGAUACGAUGUUUUUGAUUUUUUGUGUUAAAUUUCAAAUUUCAAAUUUGUAACUAACGGCAAAGGCCUUUAAGAUCAGACAACUCCAUGAAGGAUCACAAGGACUGUGGCAUCAUCUUACUGCCUCAUCCCAUACCUGGUUGGCUGUUUUUCAGAUCAUACUUUGUAGAUGCCAAAUUCUUGAUGUGUUGUGUCUUCAGAAAUGAAGUUGAUAUCCUUGCUGUUGAAAAUGGUGGGAGACAGUACAUUUUGUAUUCUGGAUAUAAGCAGUGUUUUAGGUAAUAUCAAACAUAUUGUAUGGGUUUUCUUGAAUAAAUGAUUUUU